AUGUCUUGCUCCAGGAACAACAACUCCACGGCGGCCGACAUCAACAGGGACCGCCUCUUCGCAACGGGGACCUUCAAGAACGUGUGGCAGGGCCGCUACAUCGCCGGCGCCAGGACGGGUGAGGCAUGCGUCGCCAAGGAGUUCAAGACCAGCUCCGUGUUCGAGGACCACUACUUCCAGGAGGAGCUCAACAUCGUCGACCGGGCCCAGAACAUCAUCGACAACUGGCACGCCGCCAACAUCGUGAACCGGCGCAUCGUCAUGAGCCGCCCGCAGAUAUGGCAGUACCGGCGCAACGGGAGGAAAGCCCUGGUGGAGCCCUUUAUCUUGAACUUCCAGAACAUCCUCUCCGACCCCGUCAUCAUGUCGGCGUCUUACAGCUGCGGCCCUGGCGACCUCGGCCCGAACGGGAUCCACACAUUUUUCCGGAGGCAUCAGUGCACACGCUUCUGCAACUCGCGGUGGAUCAAGCCCAGGUCGAGUGCCAAGUCCGCGUUUUCCAAGAGGAGGGGCACGACCAUGGUGUCUCGACUGCCCACACACCAGACCCGCUUGUCCCAGACGAGGAGGACCAGGUGA